GGAGGGGAGAGGGAGGGAAAGGAGGAAGGAGGUGCACAAUCCGGGAAUGGCGCUGCUGCUGCUGGUUCUGCGAGGUGCCCAUCGGGCUUAGGAGCGCCCGCCUCAGCCGCCGGGGCAGGAGCAUGCGGGACCCUCUGCUGUUGGCGCUGGGCUGGGUGGUGGCGGCAGCGGCCAUCGCCUCGACGUGGCACGUCCAGGUGGCAGGACAACCGGAAGUAGGAAAAGGCUGUGCAAACGAAUGCAGGCAACACUUAUCCAGACCGAUUCACCAAACCAAACUGCAAAAUUAUACGAAAAUGACAUGUGGGAUGAAGACUUCGGUAAUACUGAUCACUAAGAUGAAUCGUAAAUUCUGUGCAAGACCAGAGGAUGUCUGGGUACAGGAGGCCGUGAGGCAGCUGGAUGCAAUGAACGCUCCUACAGAAGUGACAGGUGGGUUUGACAAACAAGUGGGAGAUACUGUCUCCAUAUCAGUUCACCCUGCGGGUCCACCUGACACCACUGUCACAUUUAGCACAGCUACUUACACUCCCAAACCAGCAGUGAUGGUGACUGGAACGACCCUUCAUCUGCAAACCCUUGCAAGUGGCACUAUGGUUUCCCAAACCUCUGUUGGACCAAAGAGAUAUGAGGGAAGUCGCACAACUGUUGGGAAAGGCCUGGAAGAGUCCCCUGGAUCAACUCGUGAUUUGGUGGCAUCUCCAUCCAGCUCCCCCAUAAGCAAUUUUAUUAUCGCAGAUUCCACGGCAAAAGGCACAAAGCCGACCACAGCAUCUGCCGCUCCCCCAGCUUCCUCCGAACAACUGACUCCAGUUCUGAGCAGCUCCAGCACAGGUACCGGAAGGCAGUCAACUGUGGGGCUCCCAACUGCUGAAGCAAACAUGCACACUUCUACCAAAUCAGCAGCUACUUUGUCAACGUCAGGCUUUCACCAGGAGAAUGCAACCGGGAAAAGCAGAGCACAGCCAACCACAAGCACUCCCGAGGUUGCCUUCUCUCCCAGUGCUUUGGCUGGACCCAGAAGUCACAUCAUCUUCUUGGCUUCCGUGGGGACUUUUGUGUGUCUCACCAUUGUCGCUGUUGUGUGGGCAUGCGCUAGGCCCAGAACACCACCUAAGGAACUGGUCCUAGGCUUGCUCUUCACUUCCUCUGACUCUCAGUCUGACUCCUUGGCCAUGGAAGUUCUCUAACUUGCCUGUGACUUUGUCUAAGAAUGCUUCUUUCACCGCAUGGUUUUAACCAAGGCCAUUGAAUAAAAGAGGGGGAGCAAGUCAGCCCCAUCCUGCAUGUUCAGUUACAAGAUGCAGUGCACACACAUCAGAUGAGUGGCAAUGCCCAUAAACUGGGGGGGGGGGAGAGGCUGGCCCCCUCAAAUAUGUUAUUAGUUGACUUCUACGUUCUAAGGCAAGGCAGGUGGUGUGAGCUUCCCCCACAAGAGCGGGACCUGUGACAUUAGCUGCUCUUGGGCAGCAGGAUGUAGCAAACACAUUGCCCAAGGGUAGUGAGAGAGGCCUUAUCCUGCAGGAAUAUGAACUCAGGCCACUUCAAAGUGGGAGGCAGGCCUUCUCACCAAAUCCCUCUGCUAGGGGAACAGAGAGCGGCUCCUUCCUGAGCCAUUCAAGCCAACUUGGUUGGAAGC